GGGACUUGCUAGACCUGCCUUAGCCAAGAGCCCGGGCUGAGCUCUCCCAGGAAGCUGCUCAAGAACACCCUCACCAGCUGUCCCACGGGCUCUCGGGCUGAUGAAGAGAAAAUUUUUGCACGCAUGUGCUAAUUGUGAAAUGGAUUUUCCAGGUUCAACACCAUUUAAUGGAGAGCAUAGGCGAAAUAUUUUUCCAAGCUGUGCUUGUACCUUUUUGGACGAUGAUCCUGCCUCUGAGUGCUCCGCAAAUCCUCUGACAGGCUCCCUUCCUACAUGCCGCCACAGCCCUCGACUGCUUUCUAAUGGUUAUUAUGUUUUGACAAAAGACAGUUUUCUGUCUGAUGAAGAGGGCAACCUAACACUGACACCGUCCCACACAAGUGUUACAUAUAAAGAGAAUUUAGUUCGUGUAUUCAGGCGAAGGAAGAAAAUCCGUCGCUCUCUUGACAGCUUGUUCAAUCUCAGUGCCUCCAGCUCAUGGCUCAGCUCCACCAUUCCCAGCAGGAUGGAUUUCUCCCAUGUAGAGGAUCCUUGGCUUGAUGGAUGCAGUAAACUAGAAGCCAGUCACAGUGAUACUGGUGAUUCAGACUUUUAUUCUGAAUAUAAUAACCAUGUGUCACAAAGGCAAAUUCCAGCAUCUAAUGGAGCAUGUCUUACCAAAGAUGAUGAGUUUGUUAAUUUUGAGGAACCAUUUUGCACUUCAAAAUCCUGUUCUCCAUUUAUGAUAAAUGCAAAUGAAGAGACACUGAACAAUUCAGAAUCCAGGACGGUGCAAAAUGUCGUUUCUCAGAUGGUUGCACUGAUCAUGUGUUCCAUCAUUUCAGUAUGUACAAGAUAUUUUCUGGGAGGACUGUCUGCCACUUUGUUGCUGAUGACUUUAGUUUUUCUUUUGUCCCAAGAUGCUGUUGUGUCAUCUUUCUUCUGUCUCGAUACAUUUUUCAAGACAACUAAGUUUUGAAAAAUAAUAAGAAAUAAAGAAUAAUUGCAGUGUCUAAACAGUGUAAGCUGUUAACAAUUGCUGUGCUUCAGCCCAGAGAAAACAUGUUUUCCAGUAACAGGCAAAACAAGUCUUCCCAAGUGUGAACUGAACAGCAGGACCAGGUGCUGUGCUGCUCUGAGUUGAUUGCAUUCCUCUGAAGCAGUGAAGCGGCAUCAGCAUGAAUCAGUCCAAAACAUCUGAAAAACACUUAAGACAUUCUUCUAUUCGCUAUUCUUUUUCACUCAAGCCUCAUCCUCACACUCUAUAUUCUGCUUAUCAAGCCUUUCCAAGCCUUGCUGCAGCUCAAACCCUUAAAUAAAGAGCACUGAUUUAUUUGUACUUGCAUCCUAGUCCUGGCUCUGUUAUUUCCUUUAUGUCUUUACUUUGUACAGUUAAAAAUGAAAAGAAGGAAACAAGUGGAGCUGUGCCCAGUUUGUGUUCCUUAUAGUGUGGAUAGAACAGCCUUCUUCACCAGUUUCCUGGUUGAGUGCAGUUCAGCUUCUGAGAUCUAAAGGCAUCUGCACAGCUGCAGACACAACCUGGAAAGCCUUUCUUUCAGCUCUUAGAAGGGGGGUGUUAAUCCUGAGAACAAAGCACUUUAGAAAGGAGUGCAGGCAUUUGAGCACUUUGCCUAUGGUGACAAAAUGUCCUGCUCACAGCGUGCCAACCUGGGGGUGCCACGUAUGGCACUUCUUAAAGUCAGUGGAACUGUUUCUGUAAGGACUGAAACUCCAGAGCUUGAAAGCUCACUCUGGUUUUGAAAGCCACUAUUAGUGUUAACCAAAGUAGGUACAACAGGAUGGCAUAGAGAACUUGGCACUUGUUGUGUGGCAGAACUAAACUAAACACAGAUUGACACAGGUUACUUGCUGUGCAAGACAGGACCUUCCAUAGUUCAAAACAUGCUUGUCUCUUGCACUCUGUAAAAACUUAAAUACAGAGUUGUUACUUCUGUGCAUUUUGAAAUUAGUUCAAGAACAGUUCUCAUUUUUCCUCCUCCUCAAAUUUAUUUUCAUCAGCUCUUCAGCAUUGAACUCCUGGAUACCUCCUUAUGGCCAUGGUUACAUGUUCCUGUGGGGUAAAAAAAAAUAACAGAUUUGAUAGUAUUCUUCCCCCAAAACACAAAUAAUUUUAGCUUUAUUUUUCUUCUGGUCAAGUGUGAGUGAGGCCUUAGUUCUUGGUGACUACUGAAAGAAAUCACGCAAAGAAGUGCUGUACCUGUAGUAUCUUAUCUUGAUAAUAAAAUGUGUUUUGUAAUUCCUGUGAAAUAUUUUUUUUAAGUAAAAAUUAUGUUAUCCUGUAUUUUAUAUAUUAAUUUCUUGUUACAACAUGCUGUCAAAGAUAAUGGAUUUGCACAGUGGCUGAAUACAUGUGAUAACUGAUAUAUUAUGUAACUAAAAUAGUAUUUUUAAUACUCAUCCUGAUACUUACUUGUAGUUAAUGCACUUGAAUAAUAUUGUAAGUGUUGAAUAAUUCCUCUUCUUUAUUUAAAGGACAGAGACAACUGAGAGUAAAUAUCACUAUGUAAAACAUGUAAAUAUUUUGUUAUCUAUUUUAUGCCUAUCGUAAAAGAUCCAUUACUAAAAUCACUUUUCAAAUGAAAGGAUUAUAAAGAUCUUUAGUGUUUAAGUAAUCUCUUGAAAUAAUAAUCUGGAAACUUAAAUCCCAUUCUGAGAGAAAAGUCUAAGACUGCAAUUACCAUGCAGCCAUCAAAGCAAUUAUGCCGAAAACUAGAAAAGAAAAGUUCACUGUAAACUCUUUAGUUUACCGUAAACUAUCAAAGAAAAAUCUGACUGAGAUGAAAAAAAAAGGUCUACAAUAAAUUGCUAUAUUCUGUCUAUUAAUAAAUACGAACUGUAAAUUACAAUUGUUCUGAUCUGGAGAGAGGGAACUCCUGGGGCAAUUUCUUAACUGGAGUUCAAGGGCUAAAAAUAAAAUGCUCAGGAUAUGUUAAGAACUGCCUUCCCUGAUAUUCAUCAAUGUUGAAUUAACAAGGUUCUAGUCAGUUACCAGACUGGCUGGCUUUGGCACUUCCAUUUAUUCCAACGGACAUAAAAACAUGCCUCAUCUUUUUUCUCUGAAAAGAAGCACAAUCAUGUCUCUUCUUGUUGGAUGAAAAAUUGAAGCUGGGAUUUUUCUUAUGAAAAACUGAAAAAAAAAUCUAAUCUAAAUGUGUAAAUCCAGACUUUCAGAGGUAAUGAAUAUUUGCACCUUCUGUUAACUACAGUAUCAAGCCUAGGAUAACUGUGGAAAAUAAUUCUCUCACAGUAAACCCACUUAUUGAUUAGUGAUUAACUGACACAUAUACAAACAUAGAAUGUUACAUGUUUGUAACAGUGAUUUUGUUUGUGAACAUGUUUGUCCCCAGUGAUUAAAUGUUUACUCCCCUUUAAUAUAGCACCUUAUUUAGAGAAUCGAAGUGCUGAGAUGUAGAUUUAUAAGCCCCUGUGUAUUAUUUCAUACAACUUAUUGCUUUUUAAAUAUUUAUGAUCUUUAUCAUUACACCUUGUCUUAUACUUUCUUACUUCAGCUGUGCUCAGCUGAAUUUCAGAGUAAUUUCUGAGUAUAUUUCAUGUAGUGCUUUAUAGAGGGAAUAUUCAUGUGGAAUAUGAUAAUGCUGAUGCCAUUCCUUAAUUUUUAAUGCUCCUGGUCUGUGAGCAAGUAUGGUUUGUAGUUAUCCUGAAAACGUUACUCAUAGAAGUCAAACUACACAAAGAUUAACAUCUUUUAUUUAAGUUAUAUGGAAUAAACUACAUGGUACAGAAAGCAGGUUAUGAUCACUUAGUCCAGUUCUGCAAAAUCUGCUUUUUGAUGUAAAUUUUUAUGAAUUGGCUGCACUAUUUUUUAAACCUCUUUGAACACUUCUAUA